ACGUAUGCAUGUAAGAUCUGCAAUGAGCGCAGGUGUGGCGGCCAUUUUUUUGUGCACGAGCCACCGAACACGUUAGACUCACAAAACACGGCGUGAGGACACAUAUGAGAGAUGCGGCGCACUAAUUAGAACACAUUUAAAUGAGUAUAUUAAAAUGGUGUAGUUAUAUAAGUCAAAAUACAGAGGAUAAUUGGAGUUUUAUUUAUCGGCUACAAAAAUAAGCAUGUUUCGCCAAACAAGAACGCUGCUUCAGAAACUUCGGUAUAUACGUUUCAAUGGACAUCAGCAAACGUGGAGGCUAAGGAGCACUUCAGCAAGCGAGAAGGCUCUUCAGUACCAGCUGGGGCAGAAAAUCCAUGGCUUCACAGUCAGAGAGGUUGUAGCGGUCCCUGACUUGUUUCUCACAGCGGUUAAGUUAACCCAUGAUAAAACUGGAGCUCAGUAUCUGCACGCAGCCAGGGAUGACUCCAACAACCUUUUCAGUGUCCAGUUCAGGACGACCCCCAUGGACAGCACAGGGGUUCCUCACAUCCUGGAGCAUACAGUGCUAUGUGGGUCUGAGAAGUAUCCUUGCAGGGACCCCUUCUUUAAGAUGCUCAACAGGUCCCUGUCUACCUUCAUGAAUGCCUUCACAGCCAGUGACUACACCAUGUAUCCAUUUUCCACCCAAAAUGGGAAGGACUUCCAGAAUCUUCUGUCUGUCUAUCUGGAUGCAGUUUUCUUUCCUUGUUUGCGAGAGCAAGAUUUCUGGCAGGAAGGAUGGAGGUUGGAGAAUGAAGACCCCACAGAUCCUAAUUCCCCGCUGGUGUUUAAAGGAGUGGUGUUUAAUGAAAUGAAGGGAGCCUUUUCGGACAACGAGCGUUUAUACGCACAGCAUCUGCAGAACAAACUGUUUCCAGACCACACCUACUCUGUGGUGUCAGGAGGAGAACCGCUGGCCAUCCCAGACCUGACCUGGGAGCAGCUUAAACAGUUCCACGCCACACACUACCACCCCAGCAAUGCCAGGUUCUUCACUUAUGGAGAUUUACCUUUAGAGCAUCAUCUGAAGCAGAUUCAAGAGGAAGCUCUGUCCAAGUUUGAACGCAUCAAUCCAAACACAGAAGUCCCCUCUCAGCCACACUGGACCAGUCCGAGAGAGGACCAUGUAACCUGCAGCCCUGAUGCUCUGGCUCCAGAUCCAGCCAAGCAGAACACCUUGUGUAUGAGCUACCUGCUGGGAGACAUCACAGACACAUUUGAAGGAUUCACCCUCAGCCUGCUGUCCUCCCUGAUGAUCUCCGGACCAAACUCUCCCUUCUAUAAAUCUCUCAUCGAACCAAAGCUAGGAAGUGACUUCUCUUCCGUUGUUGGAUAUGAUGGCAGCACUAAAGAGGCGUCAUUCAGCAUCGGACUACAGGGGAUGGCUGAGGAGGACAUGGAGAGGGUCAAACAGAUCAUCAACCAAACCAUUGAUGACAUCAUAGAGAGCGGCUUUGAGGAGGAGAGGAUUGAGGCUCUGCUUCAUAAGAUUGAGAUCCAGAUGAAACAUCAGUCCACAAACUUCGGCCUCUCUCUGGCCUCGUACAUAGCUUCAUCCUGGAACCAUAAUGGCGACCCUGUGGAGCUGCUGCAAAUCAGCGACAGCGUUGCCAGGUUCAGACAAGCUCUGAAGGAAAACCCUCGCUUCCUCCAGGACAAAGUCAAACACUACUUUAAGGCGAACACACACCGGCUGACCCUGUCAAUGAGCCCAGAUGAGGCGUACCUGGAGAAACAAGCCAAGGCUGAGGAGAAGAAGCUGCAGGAUAAAAUCCAGGUUCUGUCUGACUGCGACAGAAAGGAAAUUUAUGAGAAAGGUCUGGAGCUGCUUGCUGCUCAGAGUAAAACUCAGGAUGCCUCCUGCCUGCCUGCACUCAAAGUGUCCGACAUCGAACCAACGAUACCCAUCACUCAUGUUCAGAUGGGCUCAGCCGGGAACGUGCCAGUUCAGUACUGUGAGCAGCCCACCAACGGUUUAGUGUACUUCAGAGCCAUGUGUAACCUCAACACCCUGCCACAUGAUCUGAGGCUGUAUGUCCCGCUCUUCUGCAGCGUUAUUACCAAGAUGGGCUGUGGAGCUCUGGACUACAGGCAGCAGUCCCAGCAGAUAGAGCUGAGGACGGGGGGCGUGUCUGCUUCCACUCAGGUCGUCUCUGACUCCACACAAAUGGACACUUUCGAGCAGGGCAUCCUUUUGUCCUCCUCCUGCCUGGAAAGGAAUCUUCCUCACAUGUUUCAGCUGUGGACUGACAUAUUUAACAGCCCCCAUUUCAACAACGAAGAGCGCCUGAGAGUGCUGGUGAUGAUGUCAGCUCAGGAGUUGGCCAAUGGUAUCUCCUACUCUGGUCACAUGUAUGCCAUGACCCGGGCGAGCCGUCACCUUACCCCAGCUGGUGACCUCCAAGAGACACUUGGUGGGAUGGAACAGGUGAAGUUUAUGAAAAGGAUAGCUGAAAUGCCAGACCUCAGCCACGUCAUCCGAACAUUACCCAGGAUUAAAAAACAUCUUCUCAACCCAGAGAACAUGAGAUGUGCAAUCAAUGCAACACCACAGAAAAUUUUUGACAUUGAAGUACAGUUGGAGAAUUUUAUGAAGGACAUAGCUGAAAACAGGAAAGAACGCAAAUCUGCAAGAACUAAUGUUAUUCAGAAGCCACUCGACCCUCUCAAUGAAUCCGGUCCAAGUAGGAAACUAAUGACAGAGCCGAGUUUCCAGCCAUGUCAUAUGAAAACCUUCUUCCAGAUGCCUUUCCCUGUUAACUUUGUUAGUGAGUGUAUACGUACGGUGCCCUUCUCCCACCAGGAUUACGCCAGUUUGUGCAUCUUAGCAAGGAUGAUGACGGCAAAGUAUCUCCAUGGUGAAAUCCGAGAGAAGGGCGGAGCAUAUGGGGGCGGAGCCAGAAUGGGAGGAGGUGGCCUCUUCUCCUUUUACUCUUACAGGGAUCCAAACUCCUUGCAGACGUUAUCAGCGUUUCGUAAAGGUGUCGACUGGGCAAAGUCAGGACAGUUCACUCAACAAGACAUCGACGAAGCCAAACUCUCAGUCUUCUCAUCUGUGGACUCACCUGUGGCCCCCGCAGACAAAGGAAUGGGUCGUUUCCUCGGUGGAAUCACGGACGAGAUGAAGCAGAGUCACAGGGAAAGACUCUUUGCCGUGGAUCAUAAAAGCCUGGUGGACGUGGCUGAAAGGUACCUCAGUGUUGGUCAGGGCACAUGUGGCGUUGCCAUCCUGGGCCCGGAGAACGAUGCGAUCAAGAAAGAUCCUUCAUGGAUCCUCAAAUAAUACACUUACUAGGUAUUUUAUAAUUGAACACUUAGCUUGAAUGGACUACAUACUGGAAACCCAAACACAAGUGUCAUGCUAGGAUUUUUUUAAUGGUGGCAAGAGAAGCUGAAGCGCACAAUACCAAGGCGGGGAAAGUGGCCUCAUCACCGUUUGUCAUUUAAAACAAUCAGUAUUUUUUUACAUUCCCGUGUAUACAUAUUCAUGAAGUCUGGAUCCAUGUUAUUCUCUGUGCAAAUGGAAUCAGUAACACUCAAAGCUUUUUGUAAUUAAAACAUAAGCUUCAUCAAA